AUGGCGAGUAAAAGAUGUAAUAAUUAUUUAUCCGAAGAGAUGGUGUUCCUCAUACUUUCAUACCUUCCUGUAAUAUCACUUCUACGCUGCAAAUCAGUCUGCAAAACCUUGCUAUCCAUCAUAAAUAGCCCACAGUUUGUUGAAGCCCACCUUGCUAAUUCCAAAAACAAACAAGCAUCUGUGCUCAAAGCCUCUCAUGAUUGGAGGGUUCUCUCCAUGGACACUGUGGAAGAAUCAGUUCAGCUUAAACAGCAAUCAUGUCUUGAGGGUGAGGUUCGUUUCAUGCGUUCUUGUAAUGGUCUUGUUUGUCUUUCUAAUGAGUGUUGUGAUAGUAUAUGUAUUCGGAAUCCAUGUACUAGACAGUAUAAGAUGCUCUCUGUCCCCAACUAUGCAAAUCGUUUCUUCACUUGUCUAGGGUUUGGGUUUGAUUCUGUUGGAAACGACUACAAGAUUCUUAGGCUUGUAAAAAAGGUUGACAAUGACCUACGAGGUUUUGUAGUUCGCAUCUAUAAACCAGAAGCAUUUUUGUAUUCUGCAAAGGCUGAUAUUUGGAAAAAGAUUCAUAUUCCAGAUACUAUUAAAAGAUCUUUUUGGUAUUCGUUGAAGAGAUUCUGUGACCCUGAUAUUAGUGGGAAGUUGUAUUUGGAAGGGGAGGCUGAGCUAUUACCGUUUGAUUUGCGGAAUGAUGUGUUUGGGGAAAUUGUAGUGUUACCGUUUCCCAUUUACGGGCAACAGAAAAGGAUACAGAAGUCUGAAAUUUUGGAUUUUGAAGGUUCUCUCGCUAUGGUAUAUGAAUCUGCCGGGGAUGGAUCAGUUCUUGGUCUUUGGAUGUUAGAUGAUGUUGGCUUGUGGAUUAAAAAGUUCAAUCUUGAAACGGAUCUGGAGUUGAAUAAGAUGUAUCUUUAUUUGGGGUCAUUUAAGGGAAAGGAAGAGUCGAUCAUAUCUGUGGCAAAUGUGUUUAUAACAGGAUCAGCUUGUUUGUUUUGUAUGUUUGUACAUGUAGAGGCACAAGGGGAUUAUUCUAAAUCCUUGUCAUUGAGUACUAAGUACACAGUACACACUGCUAAUUGGUUGUAA